UUGCGAAAUUUAAAAAUAAAUAUGGAAAAUAAUUGUCUUAGUUGGUUAAUUAUUGUGUAUAUAAUAAUGUUGUUUGGUAACAAGAACGUUGAAGUUAGUCGUGUUUACUCCUCGCCAGGCGAGACUUAUCCGGCCACAGUUGAAGUAGCCAUUGGUUCAGAUUUUAAUAUAAGUUGUUACAUGAAUCGGAGAGCGUUUCCUGGGAAAAAUUCCAGCCAUUUGUACUUUGUAAAUGGUCGUACUGGUGAAAAAGUAGCAAAGGAAUAUAUUUCAAUUAUAAACAACACCAGUGUAAUGUUGACAAUACGAAAUGCCAAUGAACAGCAAACAGAAUAUCGAUGCAAAUGUGGUACAGAUGCCAUAAUGGAAACUAAAGUUUUCGUAGGAUCUCCUCCGAAACCUGUAAAAGAUUUUGCUUGUCGCAGCUAUGAUUUUGAAUAUAUGGUGUGCAAUUUUUCUAAACCAUCCAAUCCGGUAUUAACGCAAUACAAUGUAACAUUUUAUAUAGAUUCAGCUGAAUACCAAUACCAGCCUGAAUGUAGUUAUGAUGGUCGAUCGCGGGUGGUAUGCAAUACUUCGUUAGCCAACAACUAUAGGCCACGUGUGGAGCUAUAUCACUAUAUAAUAAAUGCUCGGAAUUCUUUGGCAAAAAUGAUUCGGCCCCAACAAUUUGAAAUUAAUAAUUGGGAAAUAAUGGUGCCUUCUAAACCUGGUGAAGAUUUACGUAUUGAAGAGUUGAGUGUCAACGGCUUAACCGUAGCAUGGCGUAUGCCAAAAUGGGAAGAUUAUCGUAAAAGUCUGAAAUGGGAGAUUAUAGUGCAACCAGAAAACGCGACAGCGCUCGAGCUUUCCGGCCCCGAACGAACGCACGGCUUCUUGCGUUUGCAGAUAACUAACUUACCUUAUGCCUACUGGCAUUAUCAGUUAAAAAUUCGUGUACGUGUUAAGGCUCCUGAUGCCAUAUGGAGUGAACAAUUCAUUUUUCCUUUCCGCACCUUGGCUAGGAAGCCGGAUCGUCCACCCCUUAUAAAGCCAGGCAGUUUUUAUGUUGAUUCACAGGAAACACGUGUUACCAUCUAUUGGGAGGAACUAUCUCCUUACGAGUACAACGGCGAUAAUUUUACUUACACUGUUACCGAAGUACGACGUGGUGGUAAAGUCAUUGAUCUACGUCCUUUACAACAAGAUAUUAAUUUGGUCACAUUUAUAUGGAACAAAUUCGCACAAUAUGAAUUUGAAAUACGUAGUCGCAAUCAUAUGGGCACAUCUGGUGAAAGUAGUCGUCUUACAAUUUACGCUUUGGGUCAACGCAACACGAAACGUUAUGAACCCAGGGCUAUACAUAAUGUUUACCAUGCCGAUAAUCGAACUUAUACUUUGUCGUGGUCUAAGCCACUUAUUACUGAAGCUCUUGAAAACUACACAGUAUAUUGGUGUUAUCCGAAAAGAGCUUUAUCGAAUGAAUGCAAAGGCUCGAUGCAUUUUCAGCAAGUGCCCGCGGAACAAUUGAACUUCACCACCGAUGUGCAAAAUGCUUUGCAAGAGCAUACACUAAAUUUAGCGGUAUCCGCUGAUUAUGAAGACUUUAAUACGGGCCUACAUUGGACAGACUGUACGAUGGAUGUUAAUAGCGAUUUAGUUAAAAUGGAUCCAGAAGUAAUGGCAAUCAGCGCUGCCAGUAUUACAGUUCACUGGAGCGUAGAGAGAGUGUGCACCUCGAUACUGGACGGAUUUAAUCUUACAUAUUGUGAAGUAAGUAAAGACGAGAUGUCAGCAGAGAAUUCGACUUGCUUGCAGAAACCAAUUUCCAAGAUAAUACGUAAGAGCGCAAAAAAAGACGAAAUUGGUGACUUGAAACCUUUCACUUUAUAUAAAAUAAAUAUGUUGAUGUAUUCGCGCUUGAAAAAGGGAAAAAUUAGCGAUGCUCAACUGAUACGAACACUGGAGGGUACACCAUCGCCGCCACGUCAACUGCAAGUGACAGGAGUAACGAAUACGAGUGCUACCAUUAGCUGGCAACCGCCAAGUCAACCAAAUGGUCAUAUACGAAAAUAUACCAUUAUCUUGAAUACAGAGAAAUAUGAGGUAGACUCUACGGUCUUGGAAUACAAGCUUCCUAAUUUGACCAGUUUCACGGCCUACAAAGUUUAUGUCUUAGCUCAUACGGUGAACACAUCAAUGCCGAGCAAUGACGUACACUUCACUACCUUAAUUGGAUAUCCUUCGCCACCCGGCCACGCAACCACAACAAAUAACAGUAUUAUACAAUGGACUCGCCCACAAAAACCUCGCGGCCAUAUUGAAUUUUACGAGGUGGCAGUCACACAAAUGCGUAAUGAUAUCGUAAUUAAACGACGCUUGAGUAUUGUGAUUGGGGGCGAAACAGCGUGCGCGUUCAAGGUGCCAGCGUGUUUGGGGCCUGAAUAUAAAACUUUGGUGGAGGUAAGGGCGGUAAAUGUGGCACCUCGAAAUUUGGAAAGCGGUGCCGCUGCCGCUGCUGCUGCUGCUGCUGCUGCUGCUACUACUGCCGAGAUCAUCAAUAAAGAAGAAGGGGGCGGCUAUGACUUUGAAGAAGGAAGUGAUGAAUUAUCGUGUGUAAGCAGUUCUUUGUCAGAACGAAAUCUAAAAGACUUAAAACGCUAUAACGACAAUCGAAAAUAUGAACUUUAUAAAUCCGAUUGGCAAAAUACUGCCACCUACACUUGCUCGUCCAGUCGUUUAAGUAAGAUAACCACAAUUGCUUUACUGGUGGUAGCCAUGUCAUUGGGUAUAAUGUUUGCUUUAUAUAUGGCCCGCAAGAAAUAUAAUAAAAUGGCAAAUAUUAAUUGCACGCUACCAGCUAGCCUAGAGACUUAUUUUAGCAAGGAAGGUCAGCCGGCGACACUUAAUUCUCCUGGCAAUUACACAAACAAUGCCGGAGGUAGAGUUAAGGGCUUAGAUAUCACAUUUCAACGUAGCGUUGAAGAGCAAUGGAUUAAUAGCAAUCGUAUGCAUGAAUUCAAUAUACGUAAUGAACAUCAUCAUUUGCUGUCGUCGUUGGGCAGCGACUCCGGUUAUCUUGCGGCUGAGGGUGGCGUACUAAGCACCAGUUUAGAGACGCGAAACAUUGAGGAUGAUCAACGCGAACGGGAAAUUGAGAUGAGAUUACCGUCACAAAAUUCAAAUGAUUGCUCAAUGAAUAAUAUAACAAAAAGUGACACUAAUAACGAAUCACUUCUAGAUCAAUAUAUUAAGUCAUCAAAUUCUGAUUGGCAAACAUUUGCAGAUAGUCCUAAAAAUGAAAGUUUAGUAACAAAUGCCAAGAACACGGACGGCUAUAUAACGGUACAAAAUUUGGACUUAUUAACAAAGCCGCUCUCAAACUAUAACCAAGGUUAUGUGCAACAAUACGAUUUGGAGAAGUUAUCAAAAAAUGUACCAUCACUCUCAACCAUAAAUACCGGUUACGUUGCUUCGGACGAAUUAACAAAUAUAUCAAAGAUUAAAAGUUCACACGUCAAUCAAAAUCGAAAUAAUUUGAAUAUGUUAGAGAACAGUAAAGGUGAAGUCGCUCAAAGCGGUCUUGGCAAUGGAUCAACUAGCGUCAUUUCAGGUUAUGUUACUCAACAUGAUUUAAAUAUUUUUGCUCAUCAUCAGCAGCAACAGCUUUAAAAUUCAAUACAAUUUUUUUUUCAAAAACA